AUGUCAGACCUCCACCUUGACUCACCCGGCCACGAAACCUGUACCAAGCCAUCAGCUUCAAAGAUGCGUUGGUCAACGACAAUCAUAUUUCUGGCCACGGCUCUGGCCCCCGGGGCACAGUGUCUGUUCACCGGGGGUGGUUUGACCAUACUGUCACAGAACAAUCUUGACGGUGCCGAAAAUGACAAGUCCGCCGCCAUCCUCAUCAACCAGCCCAGUCCCAACUAUGCCGCCGCCAUGGCCUGUCAGCUGCUCGGAGAAGAGACAUGGGACCCUAAGAAGUCCAAAUUCACCACCACGUUGGCAAAAUCAUUGCCCUACCAAGCAUACCUUGGAGUGGUCCCACGGGACCAGCUCUACUGGGUUUCCAAGAGCAACCCCAACGCUGAUAAGUGUCGGGCCAUUGAUGCCACAGGCAAGACUCGCAAUGUUGAUUGCUCCACCGAGUUACCUACCCUCUGUUCCCAGUCAGCCCGAGUGUCCAACCAGACCGUCGAUGACACCCAAUCCAACUGGCAAGUCCAGCAGUUUGUUGGUUCGAAACUGGUGACCGGUUACCGCGACCUACACGCCUGGAAGUUCCGCGGCCUGCGCUUUGCCGACCCACCGAGGCGGUUCACCUACUCCAAAGUCGCCAAUUACGGAGAGGACGGCGAGAUUGACGCCACCAAGGCCGGAGCAGACUGCUCGCAACCCAUCGGCGAAGUCACCAGUGGCAGCAGCGAGGACUGCCUGUUUGCCAAUGUCUGGACGCCUUACCUGCCGCGUAUGGCUGGCCAAGAUGCCAAGAAACAGUUGAAGCCUGUCAUGCUAUAUCUCUACGGCGGAGGCUUGACAUCCGGUUCUGGAAAGAAUCCAAACACGGAUGGAACCAACCUUGCCUCGAGGGGCGAUGUCGUGGUGGUGUCUGUCAACUACCGCGUCGGCUCGCUUGGUUUCUUGAACCUGAAUGAUGAUGUCCACAAGGGAAACUACGCCAUCUCAGACAUGAUUACUGCCUUGGAGUGGGUCAACAAGUACAUCAAGUACUUUGGCGGUGACCCGAACAAAGUGACCUUAUUCGGAGAGUCUGCAGGUGCUUUGGGCACUCAUGUCGUCCUCAGUUCGCCAAAGGCAAAGGGUCUAUUUCACCGUGCUAUCCUACAAUCCAACCCAGAUGGAUACCCAAGCCCGGAAAGGCCUGUCACCCCUGCCAUUUUCUACGACACACUGGCCCACAACUUUGAGACGACCACCAAGAACGUGUUGAAAGACGCCGGCUGUUUGGAUGCAAAAGACAAAGUUGCCUGUCUCGGAAAGCUAAGCGGCUUCGACCUCGUCAACCUGCCGACCAACGCCUACGGUAUCGUCCAAGACGGUCUCUACCUCACCACUCCAACCCUCAACUUCACCUCCACUCUGGCCUCCAAGAUUCCCGUCAUGCUAGGCAUCACACGCGACGAAGUCGGCGUUAUGAUUGACGACCCCCCGGCCCCCAACGCAACCUUCAUCCAGUACUUCAACACCGUCGCCCAGAAGCACUUUGGCCUCCCCGCCAACUCCACCUCUUUGUUCUCCCUCCCGGCGAGCACUCUCGCCCUCCAAAACAACGAAGCCGCCAUACUCAACAGCACCAUCUCCCUUCUCUCCUCGUUAAUCUUCACCUGCCCCUCCCUCGCCAAAGCCUAUAGCGCCUCCCGCCACGGCACCUUCAAAGACACGUACUAUUUUGUCUUCAACCGGACCUACCAGAUGCCAGGGUACUCCCGUGAUUGGUGUCGACCUCCUAGCACCAACGGGUACCCUAAGGGGAUUUUGGAUAUGGAGUACUACAAGUGUCAUGCGGGGGAGCAAAUGAUUGUUUUUGGGACAGAGGCAAGGGGAGGGUUGCCGGAUAGGGAUGGUAACGACUUUGCUUUUGAGCGGUUGGUGGUUGAUUACUGGGGGGCGUUUGCGCGGUGGGGGAAGCCCGAGUUUGGAAAGGGGUAUUUGGAGGUGAGGGGGUUUGAGGGGACGAGGAGGGAGGUGGAGAGGUUGGGACGGUGGGAGGGUGUGGAUUGGAGGCGGCCGAAGGCGAGGGUGUUGCAGUGGGGUGGAAGGGGGGGGAUGGUUGGGUUUGGGGAGUUGAGUGGUUUGUGUGCGAGUUUGGGGGUGGAGUUGACUGUGUUGGAGGGUUGA